AUGGACCCCUGCAACAACUACACUGUGCUGAAUGAUUCCAGAAGAUCCACCAACUAUUAUUCUUCCUUGCCCAUGUGUGACACCUCUGUCAACUGGGUCGGCUGGUAUCGACUUUACCUUAAUGGCCAGAGCACUCGAAUGCCAGAAACAUGUGUUGCAGUGAAUAGAUGUGGUACUUCUGCCCCACUGUGGCUAAAUGAUGGACACCCAAAACCUGAGGAUGGAGUGGUGACCAGAGAUGUUUGUGGUCACUGGAACAAUGAAUGCUGCAAUUUUCAGUUAAAUCCCAUUAGAGUCAAAGCCUGCACAGGUGGUUAUUAUGUUUAUGAGCUUGUUACACCAACUGGAUGCAGUAUGGCAUACUGUGCAGAUGAUCUCUCUACUGACCCCUGCAACAACUACACUGUGCUGGACAACAUUUGGAGAGCCACAAACUAUACUAACUACUCCUCCUACAUGUGUGACAGAAAUGUCAACUGGGUCGGCUGGUAUCGGCUUUACCUUAAUGGCCAAAACGUUCGAAUGCCAGAAACAUGUGUUGAUAACUAUAGGUGUGGUACUUAUAUCCCACUGUGGCUAAGAGGUGGACACCCAAAACCUGAGGAUGGAGUGGUCACCAGAGAUGUUUGUGGUCACUGGAACAAUUACUGCUGCUUUUAUCAGUCAUAUCCCAUUAAAGUCAAAGCCUGCAGAGGUGGUUAUUAUGUCUAUGAGUUUGUUACACCAACUACAUGUAAUAUGGCAUACUGUGCAGAUGUUGACCGCAUAAACAAAACCUACACAACUGUCACACCAACAAUCACCACAACUGGCUUAAAUAUAACACAGUAUACAAAUUGCACGGGAACUUCUUGUAUACAGAAUCUCCUCGAUCAGUUAGAGAAUAUUCCUGUCCUUCCUUUAACAGAUGUAACCAAACUUUUGGACAUGGUCUUCAUUACUUCAGAGAAGAUAAAUUCAUCAUCCAGUGACCUGAAGAAACAAGCGUCAGAUGUGUUAAAGGUCGGUGAGAAGCUCGUCUCAAUGUUGGUGAAGCCAACAAACACCUAUGACAAUGUCAGUUUCACUCGUGCAGCUGUAGAGGCACAAGUCUUCAUGGUUGGACCGCAGGCCCCCUUAAAUAAAAUCCCUCAGCUCGACACAACAAAUGCUUCUAUAGACAUCGAUCUCAUUGGGAUUGCCAAAAACAACAACGACACAGCUGCUGUGGCUUUCAUGAGCUACAACACAAUGGAGGACCUACUGAAACCAGACUUCUUCAUCACAUCAGAUGACACAGUUAACACCAUGAUGUCCACUGUCAUCUCAGCUACUCUUCCUAAAACCCCCAACACAACCCUCACCAAACCAGUCAACUUCACCCUCAGACACAUCAGAGAGUUUGAAUCUGGAGGAAAUCUUUCCUGUGUGUACUGGAACAUCAGUGAGUGGAUUGUAGAUGGUUGUUCUGUUGUAAAGAUCAACAGCAGCUUCACUGUGUGUUCAUGUCUUCAUCUGUCAACAUUUGCUCUCAUCAUGCAGACCAGCAAAAGCCCACCAGAGGAUGGUGAUCCUCUGAUGGAGUUGGUGAAUUUGGUUUCUGUGAUAGUGGGUCUGGUGUUUACUAGUUUGGCUCUGUUGACUUUUGCUUUCUGUCGAUGGAAACCUGGAGUGAACAAUGUAGCUCGAAUCAACAUCUGCAUCAGUCUGCUGUCUGCUCAUCUUCUGUUCUUACUCACACAACAAUUCAUCAAUCUCAUAAAACCUCACAAGGAGUUGUGCGCUGUGAUAUCAGGAGCUCUUCACUUCUUCUUUCUCUCCUGCUUUGUGUGGAUGUUCAUUGAAGCUGUGCUGCUCUUCAUCUGUGUGAAGAACCUAUCAAAGCUCAGCUCCAAACAGAGGGCGGUGCUUAACAGUGGAUUCUUGAUUGUGAUUGGAUAUGUGAUUGCUUUUGUUAUAGUGGGUGUGUCUGUUGGAUUGGUUCCUGAAGGUUAUGGCAGUGAACAAUGCUGGAUUAAACAGAAGAAAGGUUUCAUCUGGAGUUUUUUGGGACCUGUUUGCUUCAUUCUUGCAAUAAACACGAUUCUCUUCAUCAGUAUCAUCAUCAGUCUAAACUCAACUCUCAAAAAGCUGAAGGCUGAAUAUUCACGGAAGAAACAGACCAAGAUUAUGGUUUUUAAAACUCUGGCCCAGUUUGUGAUUCUUGGUUGUCCCUGGAUUCUGGGUUUCUUCACUGACAAUCAGAUGAUGAAGAUUCUCUUUCUGAUCCUGAACUCACAGCAAGGAACCUUCAUCUUUCUGGUCUACUGUGUUCUCAGUGAUGAGGUCAGACAGCAGUAUAUGAAGUGGAUGAGAGCUCUCCUCCCUUGA